AUGAAGGCCUUCACUCUCUUGGGAGCUGCUGCUCUUUUCUUUUCCCCGGCUCUUGCUCAGGCAGACCUUCCCCAUGUUACUAUCCUUCCUUUUCCUUUGCCCUCUGGUACGCCUUCCGGAACGCCUUCCAGCACUCCUUCGGUCACUCCUACUCCCUGGCCCAGCGGAGUUCCGCGUCCCACCGGCGUUCGACCUACGGGUUCGUGGCCAACUCCUUCUUCGAGCGGAGUUCCACCUCCUUCUAGCUCUCCGGUCUUUGCUUUCCAGCGCAGACACGCCCGUCAGGUCCGUCCAAUCUUCGUCUAG